CAACAAAUUUUUAUUAGGGUAAAAUGGCCAACAUUUAACAUAUUUUUCGAAUCCAUUUCUCUGUUUGUAAAGUUAAAACCCAGUGCUAGCAUAAUUUGCAGUGUACUUGGAGGUUGUAUGGUCAGACCUCGUUAUUGUUGUUUGUUGAAGCACGAAAAGGAACUUGCAGACUGCAACGAGACUACUAAACCCGUUGGAGCUCGCUGUGCAGUAUGUUGGAGAGAUAUGACCGGAUAACUGAUGCAGUGCACGGAAUUUUAGAUGACUUGGAGCUAGGCAAUCUAAAACUGGAUGUAGAAGAGACUGAGUUAGCUAUAAAAGACAUUACCAAGACUCUCGCACCGUUCAAGAUUGUAACUGAGUUUUUGUGUAAAAGAGACAGCAUGCUCGCUCAAGCAGAAGUGAUUAUUUAGUUUAUUGACAGCAAGAUAGAAGAGAUCUGAGAUAGACUCGCCAGUUUCUCGAACCCUUCUAGAUAGGCUACGUACACGAUAUGCCAAGAGAAAGGGCCUUCACUUCGUAUCGCUGGUAAAGUUCUACUCGGACCCCGGUAUUCUAGAUGAAGAUGUAGGACAAGAAUACAGAGUUAUCACAAAGUCAACCUUGAUACGUAACUCUAAGUCUCUGCACCAGCGGUUGUUCAAGCAGAAAGAGACAAACAGCGAUUGAGCUUCGCAUGUAGUUCGACGAUUGGUCCUCAGGACUCACAGGCGACUCCCACAAUUUAAGAUACCAGAUUCCAAUCCUAUCCCGCUGACAAAAGAAUUAUCAGACCUACAUUAGGGCAGCGAUUCGACUACGGUAGCAAGGACAGAUACCCUUGCACGGGAGAUAAGUCUGUUCACAGCUAACAGGCAGGAAACUGACACUAUCAAAGAAAUACGUCGUGCAUGUGCUGAUUUAUUUUUUUUAAUUGUUUGCUAGAAGCAAUAACAUAUUUUGUCUAUGAAAUUUGGGCUUGUUAAAUAAAAGGGCAAUAUUGCAACUGAUUCUUUAACAAAGCAAUCAGCACAAGAUGUAACAUAGCAUAUGAGCAUAAUUCAAGUAUGCAGAGUGCAUAUAAAUAUUACUUCAAUUAUAUUGCCAAAUUUAUCGCCGAUAACCGAUAUUAUCGCGAUAAUUUUGAAAAAAUUAUCGAUUAUCGCGAUAAAAAAUUUUGUACCGAUAAUGGCAACCCUACCCCCCAGUAGUUUACCAUCUUCCUUAUCUUGUUUCAGUUCUUUAGUUGACUAAUAGAUUCCUUAUAACAAGUUGACUAACAUCUUGUUUAGGUGUGAUGAGUAAAUAUGCGGUAGAAACUUCAUUUCUAGGACACCGUGUCCCUAAAGAAGUUAAACUUUUGCUCAAACAGCUGAAAAAUGUGAAAAAGGACGUAUUUUCCGCCUCAAUUGACUCAGUUAUAAACUACUUGGCACACGGCCAGGUUCCUGAUUUUAGCACUGAACUGGAUGCAAGCCGAGCAAGGACUUUGUUCGGAGGUUUCUACUGUAUUAUAACGAGAGCAGUACGACACAUGGAACAAAUGCAACAAACUACAUUUGUAACUAGUCUAAAGGAUAUCAACCUACCAGACCAGGUGACGGAUAAGCUGGUAGCAGUACUGUACACUAGUUCCCAGCUCACCAGGACAGACAGCCGGCCGGCAGCUAGAUUUAGAGAGCUAGAUUGGAGACUAGAUGUGAUCCUCAGUAACAAUUACCUGGCUAAAGUUCUGCAGCCUGAGAUCCUAGUUAACUUGAAGCUAGAGGGUGAUGAUGACGUAUUGUUACAUUUAUCACAACACGAGUUCCACUCUCUGCGACAAUCCACUGCAAAGCUUUUGCACGACAUGUGUCAAUUAAGGGAGAAAAAGUUUAUGAACGCCAGCUGAGGUAUAGAAAUGUCACAUUAGUACAUACUGGACACUCUUUUUGCUAAAAACUGAUUUUUUGUUUCACAGCUGGAAUUUUUUUACCAUUGUAACUAUAUGUUACCAUGGUAACUGGAAUGUCGCCACCAUUUUUAAUUCGGAUUUCUUCUUUGUGUUACUGAAUGUUUAUUACGUAUUCUUAUUUCAUAUUUACAGGUUUUCAGUAAGGGGUCGUUCAGAUAUUACGUAAUCAGCCAAGGGUAGGGGAGUUUCCAAAUGAUAACGAUAGUGUAAUUUUUACAAAAAGCUAUGUGUAAAACUGAUUACAGAGGGGGGAGGGGAGAUAACAAAUUAUCCAAAAAGUGAUUACGUAACAUGUGAACGACCCCUAACGCUUGUAUUGUGUUUUUUGUUAUUGAUAUUUUUUGUUAUUGAUUAUUGAUUCAAAAUUAUGUACUCAGACUUAUUCUGAGGUAUUCA